AUCCUGACAUUCCAAACACAGAAUAUUGGAUUUAUUAUAUAGAUUAACCUUCCACAAUAGGGAUGUUCACAGUUGACCAUUGAGACUUACGUACCAACGAAGUACAUCAAGCUUGAUAACAUGCAAGCUGUGCAGUGAAAUUGCUCAAAUUAAAUAUCAUGUAUAAUUCAUAUUUUUCAAUGUGUAAAACACCCAAUAUGCAGCUUACCUGGACAGCUGUAAUUAUAAUAAUAAUUGACCCCUGGUGAGAUCUCUAAGCCCCUAGAAUUUAAGCUACUAUUCUCAUGUGAUGUUAUAUACUUAUGAAUUGUCUUUCUUUUUCAGCAGCAUUGACUCCUCCAGACCAGCAGAGGGAGCUGUGAACAAAGACAGAGACAGAAAGAGAGCGAGAGGGGAAGGAGCCGCAAUGGAAACCAGUGGCUCCAGCCGACGAAACUCCAGCGCCGCCAGUAGCAGUACUUCCAACACGACUGCAAACUCCAGUAACAACACUAACAGCGCAAGCGGGACCAAUUCUUCCAGUACUGGCCGCGGCGGGACCAGUGGAAAUACCAGUACAGUCGGCUCAGUCCCCCCCUCCCAGUCUGCCAGUGCCACAGACUGGGAAAUGCUUCAGUUUGGCAAGUACUCCAUGGACAUACUGGAAAUGCUAAACAGCCACCAGCACCACCAGUUCAAAAGUGGGAUUUCUGGGCUUGACAGACAGGACCCAGGCGGACUGGCUAACCUGACAGGGCUGGGACUAGGCAACCUGCCGAACGUGCGCCCCAUUUUCUCUGAGCAGCCACAGGCCGGCGGCACAGGGUUCCCCAAAAUGCAAUCCGUGACGCAGCAGCAGCCAGUGCACCGCAAAUCGAAAGCGGGGGAUUCACGUUACCAGCAGUUUCUGAAGUCUGUGGCCCCCUUUCACCCCACGGACCCUGGGCUGAACCAGGACUCCUCCCUUCAGAGGUUCCCCAGUGCCGGGGGCGCUGCUGGGGCCGGCGCGGACCUGUUUGGCUCCGGCCCACCCCCGCUGCACCCAAGUCUUGCCCUCCACCAGCCUGGCCUGACUGGGGGGGGUGCCCAGCACCAGCUCAGCGGGCAGAACAACAUGGACCCGCGGAACCUGCACCAGCAGUUCAGCUGCAUGCUGGCGGCCAAUCAGUAUUUCCUGUCGGCUCCCAAUUCCAAUCUGGAGCAGUUCUUGGUUGCCCAGCAACAGAGCUCUUCACUGGGCUUGGGGCUGAACCAGCACAGCUCCCAUCUGAACUCCCAGCACUCCCAGAACCACCACCCUGACUCCCAGCAGCACCAGCACCAGCAGCAGCACCAGCAGCACCAUCACCCCUCUGCCAUGCACUCACACCCCAACCCCCAGCUCAUAACUGCCUCCUCGAAUGCAGGCUUUGAAUUCCAGGGCUUGCAAGGGAUCCCGGUGCUGUCCUCUAACCAGCUUGCCGCUGCCCUGAUGCAGGAGUCUAAUGCCGUGUGCCACCCUGGCCUGCUGCCCCCACCGCUUGUCACCGUGCCCAAGGACGAGGCCCCCAAAUCGGAAGGGGGCUGUGGGGGAGGAGGGGGGAGCGGGGGUCGGAGGAAGAAAGCCAUGGCUGGCUACCUGCCUCAGAGAAAAGCCGACAGCACUAGCAACGGCAGCAACAGUAAUAGUAAUACUACUAACGACGCUGCUGCUAAUGGCAGCCCGCACACAAGCUCGUCCAGCCCUGCUGGCAAAGCUUCCCAAGAGCUGCUCUCCCCGGAGAAUGUCCCAGACCCGGAGAAGGAGCGCUUCUACCAGUGCGGAGAGUGCGGGAAGAGUUUCACACACCUGUCCAGCCUGCGGAGGCACCUGCGGAGUCACGGUUUGGUCGCCACAACGACGGUGCCGGCUCCCACUCCCGACCCCCCCCUGGAAGAUGGCCAGGCCGGAGCAACGGCUCCGAUCUCCGUGGAAGGGGAAUCGGAAAAGUGCCACAAGUGCUUGGAGUGUGGGAAGGGGUUCAAGAAGCGUGGGCACCUGCUCCAGCACCGGGUCAUCCACUCGGGGGCCCGGCCCUUCGCAUGUGCGGUGUGUCAGCGAGCCUUCAACCGCCGCGAGAGCCUUACCCGCCAUGAGAAGAUCCACGAGGACAAGCCCUUCCGCUGCCAGGCCUGUGGCCGCUGCUACCGGGAGGCCACAUCACUGCUCAACCAUCGGGCUUCGGGAAACUGCGGUAAGCCUCCCCGGAGAAGUGCAGGGGGAGCCCCGACCCAGCUGGAGCAGCCCCCCCGGACGCCACUCACCAUCGGGACCGACGGGCGCUAUGGCAGGGCCAGGGGCAUUGCGGGGGAGCAGGGCAGCAGGGAGAAGGAAGGACAGGGGAGGGUGUUUAUUAUAAAAGGCGGUUUGGACGGAGAGUCCUUCGCAGUCCCUUCCUCCUCCAGCGUUAGCCCUCUGGUUCUGUACAGAGGAGCUUCGGAGGCUAGCAGGGGGAUGAAUGAGAGCGCAAGCGAAAGGAAAGUCGAAGACAGCGGCCAACAGCUUUACAGGCAGCAGGUGGGGAGCGGGAAAGCUGGAGGGACUGUUUCCUCUUCCUCCUCCUCAUCCUCCUCCUCCUCUUCCUCCUCCUCCUCCUGUUCUUCAUCCUCCUCCGCCGGCUUGUUCCAAACCAGAACCUCGCAGUCUUCCUCCCAAAUUGACAACUCCGUCUUCAACCCCGAUUCCCUGCACUACCCCUCGGCCCAGCAGCAGUCCCAUGCCACCGCGAGACGCUCUGCGUUCGCCUUUCGAGACGGGGUGAUAGUGGAGGAAGCAGAGAGAUUCCGGCAGCCGACCUCCCAGCCCGGCCCAGAGGAGGGCAAGGAAAGUGGGGGAGAAAUAGGGAGAGGCACCAGAGCUCCUGUGCAGUACUUCCGAGACACAAACCUAAACCCCAACCCUCAACAGCAGCAGCAGCAGUACCUAAGAAAAGUGCCCCUAGCCCCCAACCUUCAUCCCCACCUCCCCCUCUCCUCCCUUCUUGAGGACUCUGACCAGGAGGAUGACAACAGCAGCACUAACAACGCAGUGGCGGCCGCCAUCUCCCUCCUGCCUCCCGGGGACGACGUGCCAGGGAGAGGGGGGGCCGGGGGAGAGGAGAGGAGGGACAUUAUCGGAGGGCUGCUGGGAGGGUUGGGGCUCAGCGGACUGGGAGCCCUGGGGGGGCUCGGGCUGGGAGCCGAGAAGGGGUACAGAGGAGAGGACUUGAGGGUGAAGAGGAAGUCGAGGAGAAAGGAAGGGGGUGGGAGGAAGGUGAAGGUGGAAGGGGAGGGGGACAGUGGCGGCAAGGAGAAGCUGUUUCUGUGCAGCGUGUGCGGGAGGGGUUUCAGCAGGAGGGAGACACUGAGACGCCACGACAGGAUCCACACAGGGGAGAAGCCGCACCGCUGCCCGGUCUGUGGGAAGUACUUCCGGGAGGCAUUCCACCUGUCCAAGCACCGCACAGUGCACACCGGGGAGAAGAACUACAAGUGCUCCUCCUGUGGGAAAGACUUUGGCUAUGCACAGAGCCUGAAGAGACACUCCAAGCUGCACACGAGGACCGACUACGCCAACAGCAACAACAGCAACAACAAUCACACUGCUGCUUUGGCUCCUGCCUCUGCUAGUCUAGGUCUGCAGGGCUAUUUCGCCUACCCGUCUGUCGCAGCCCCCGCCUGCUCCUCCGCUAAUCCUGCCUCCCUUCAGGAUUUAAACAAAACCCGGGCCUUCACCUGCCAGAUUUGCUGGAAGAGUUUCAAGCACUCGUUCCACCUGACUGCGCACCAGGCCGUGCACACCAGAGAAAGGCUGUUCAGCUGCGAGGUCUGCGGGAAGUCUUUCGGUUAUGCCAACAGCUUGGCGAGGCACAGGGCAGCUCAGCAUGGCCGGGGCAAGAGCGCGGGCCCCGCCAACAACGGCACCGCCGGCUCUGCGAUCUCCGAAAGCCAGGCUGCCACCGACGCCCUGCUGCAACUCUCUCCCCCGAACCCGUCUGGCAUCCCUUUCUUCGUCCCGUCGAACCUGAAGGAACCAGUCCUGAACCAGGUUGGGGGUGACCCCUUGAUCAGGACCCCAUCUGGCCUCUCUUACGCCCCGACCCCGAACCCCGACCCCUCAUUGCUGAGCUACGACCCUGGUUUCGCCUCGCAGGGGAAGAAGAAAGCGCUGCGGGUGAAGAAGAGAAAGGCCAAGAGGAAGAGGAGGAGGAACGGGAGGAGCCACACCGACAAGCGAUUCCCCUGUACCGUCUGUGCUAGGGCCAGCUUCUCACGGCUCUCCCAGCUCCUGGUUCACCGCUCCUCCCGGCACUCCGAGCCACAGGACGGACGGCUGGGGCGGGGGGCUGCUGGGAGGAGGUGGGGGUGCCAGGGUUGCCGGCGCGGGUUCAGCAGCUUCCUGCGCCUCUUGGGGCACCGCGGCUGGCACGUGAAGCAAGGCAACCAUUGCUGCGGCAUGUGUCAGAGGAAGUUCUGGAACCGGCGGCUGCUGGAGAGACACAGGGAGAUGUGCAUGGGAAAGCAGCACAGGAGACUGAGAGGAGAGACUGGGGAACCCCCUUCCUCGGUGCUUAGACUCUCGCGGUUGGUGCUUCAGCACCCUCUGGUGCGCUCCGUGCCCCAGCACUUCGAUAUCACCCGCUUCACUCCUCUGGUGUUCUCAACGCAAAUAGAAACAUCAAGCAUGGCUAAAUUCCAUGCUUGCACGUCCUGCAAGGCGAUGCCUCCUGGACAGGACAAGCACCUCCUCUGUGUGCGGUGCCUGCGCACGCAGCACGCCUCCUCCGCCCUUGGAGGUGAGAUGUUCCAGCCAUCGGUGCUACGCUGGAGGAUCGAUAGAAACACCUGCGUGAACGAACAGUCACACGCCUGGAGCAAAUCACUGCAAGACAUGAAAAUGGACGUUGAUUCUGAUAUGAGUUCAGAUGUGAACGCACUUACUCCAGAUUUACAAAUCGGUAGUAAAAGACAACAAGAAAUCAAUAUGAACUUGAGCACGACCUCAGACACAAACACUGGUGUGAACACUCUUACUCCAGAUCCUCAGAUCCACAACGAAACGCAACAGGAUGUGAGAACCGCCUUGAAUUUGGAGCCAGAUUCCGGAAAUAAAUCUCGGAAAAGGAAACUGAGUGGGACAAAUCCUAUUGGGAAACAUGACUUGAACAUGGAAACCACAAAUCCUACAACAAUUCCCAAAAGUGGUGACAGCACUUUCAGGAGUUUGGAAUUAGGAUCGGAUCGGGGACUCAGUUGUGAACGAUACGAGAAGAAGCAGCAGCUGAGACUGGAUUUCUCAGAGACCACGGGAUCGGACCAGGGUUUAAAUGCCGCUGCAGGCACCAAGUUAGUUUGCUAUGGGCUUUUUUCGGAUUUAAAUUUAGAAACUGCAUCGCCACGGCGCAACACGAAAUUGAACUGCGAGGGAACAGAGAGAUCGCAACGCCAAAACCACGGAACUAGGAACACGAAAGCCAAACCCAAUAUUGGAUUACACAGAGAACAUGGAACAAGCUGUCAGAUCACAAAACAGGAACUGCAGAACGCAGAUGGAAAUCUACAAAACACGGAUUCAGAAUCAGAAUUAGACUUUGAUUCUGAACCCAGGUGUCAAGAUAAGAAACAGAAAGCCAAACAAGAUACAAAACAGAAAGUGCAAAGAGAAACUCCAUCACACAUCAUAGACUCAGCUCGGACUCUUCCCCGCGCACAUUCGGACUCGAGGCUGGCUGUCGCCAAACCCAAGCGUGCCCACAAACCGGACUGUCCACAAAGCCUGCUGCCGGCAGCGCCUGAAACUUCCGACCCCGGGGACCUGUACAGCGCGACGGGGGUCCUGUUGAUUGACGCCAUGGGGGUCCCCUACACCCUGUGCACGCAGCCGAUACUGACUCCCAAAAGCGGGGAGCACCAGAGCGACUCGGCACUGCCGCGAGCCACCGGCAGCCCUCAGCCUACCCACAUCAAAGCCUACGUGUGCACGGUGUGUUCCAGGGCCUUCCCCUACCGCUCCUACCUGGAGAGGCACCGCAUCACUCACCUGGAGAUGAAGCCCUACGUGUGCACCGACUGUGGCAAGGCCUUCAAGCGCUCCUCGCACCUUGCCCGCCACCGGCAUGUCCACUCCGACGCUGGCAAGCCCUUCCAGUGCGCCGUCUGUCAGAAGGGGUUCAGAGAGCCGGGGGAGCUGGUCCAGCACCAGAGAGUGCACACCGGGGAGCGGCCGUACCAGUGCCAGGUGUGCCGGAUGAGAUUCACUGAGAGAACCACACUGAGACGACACUGCCAGAGGAAGCACUCCACAGAGGAGCAAGGGCAGAAAGACAAGCCCGAGGCAGGAACGCUGUCCGAUUUGACAGCCAUCUGAAAUGUCUUUAUAAUACAUAUUAGACCCUGGUAUUGAUGUGAUAAAAUGUCUUUAUAAUAUAUAGUAAACCCUUUAUCAAUCAAAAAAUAAAGAAAAAAACUAACAAAAAGAAAGCACAAACCAUAAACCUCAGCAAACACAUCAGUAAGAGGUAAACUGCCUGACUGAUUUCAGUAUAACCUUUGGUUAAAAAAAAAAAAAAAAAUCCUUUGUUUAAAUAAACUUGUAUUGUUCAUGGGUUUAUAUGUAUUAGACAGGUAUGGAAAUAAGGCUCCUGUUGCAUUUUCCAGGUUUUAGUAUGUGCUUGAUUAGCUACAGUGUGUAUAGAUAAGCU